AUGUCUUCUGUUGAGGGAAUCGACAGAAGUUCCAUUAUGAAUAAUACAAAAGCUGCAGAACAUGAGUAUGAUGUGCAACAUAAGGAGCAACAUCAUGAGCAUGAGGCGCAACAUGAGGGCAAAGAGAGACAACAUGAGGGGGAUUUUGGCUGCGGGAUAGGAUCUUGCCGUCCAGUGCCUUUGCAAUGUUGUGCUCAACUCCUACCCUUCAGCGUUGCGUACGGUGUUUAUGUAAUGGUUUCCCAAACGAUUUCUGCAUAUCUGUCCUCGCAGAUUACGACACUGGAGAAGCGAUAUGGUAUUACUAGUUCAAACAGUGGUGUGAUUUUAGCAGCAAACGACAUUGGGUAUCUUGUUAGUGUGUUGUUCAUUACUCAUUAUUGUAGAAGGUUUGUUUCCUUUUUUUCUUAA